ACGCCGCCGCUCGCGCGCCUGAAGGCGGUGAACGACUGGUUCCACGGCGGCCCGGCGCCCAAGUUCUGGCGCGUGCGGCCCGGCGUGCCGGCGACGAGCAUGUGGUGGGUGCCGCCGCGAGCGUUCGCCGACUCGCGACGCAUCGCCGGCCACUGGCAGAAGGAAGUCAACGCGUCGGCCUUCGCGUAUAGAGGAGAGACCUACGACGUCGUCGUCAAGGCCCUCAACGAGGGCCACACGCGCCACGGCCAGGACCUGCGGUCGCGCGCCGCGGUGCUCUUCGAAAUUCUGUACUUGGAAGUGCUCCGGGGCGAGCCGGGCGUGCCCGAGCUGUACGGCGGCUGGCGCACGGAGCAUGGGCUGGUCUGGGUCGUGCAGCACGCCGGCGAGAUCGUCGGCCAGGGCAAGGACCGCGCCGGAAGGUUGUCCACGCUGAGCGACGCGUAUCAACAGGCGUGCCGCGACCGCCCUCUGGACAUAGCGAGGGCCUGGUUCCGCUGUUUUCAGUCAAUCGUGGAGGGCGGCUUCGUGCUCACCGACUUCAAGAUCGACCAGUUCGCGUUCGACGGCGAUCGCCUGUGUGACAUUUUACUCGUCAGCCUCGAACUGAGAUUUGAUUUCACACAGGCGAGGACAUCUUUCUCGUCGACGGGCCGUCGCCGAACACCGGUCUAUUGGUCGACUUUCUGCGCGACAGCUACGCGGCGGACGACCCUUUGUUGAGAACGGGCCACCCGGAGGGCCUGGAGCGGCGCCGCGAAAAUCCCUACCUCGACACGCUAUUGCGAGACUUCCGGCCGGGGCGCGGCGGCGAAGUUUGUGAGCGGGGCUGCUCGUCGCGGACCUACUGGUGGCACGCCUGCGACGUCGACCAGCACACGCGCUGCGCCGGCAAUUUUACUGGCGCGCCGGAGUUGUCCCGAUGUAUCUCCAAUAGGUGCGGCGCCUUCGACGGCAGGGUGCACGUCUGGGACGCGGCGGCCCGGGAGUGGCUCCUGCCGCGCGUCGCCGCGCUCUCCGCGUCGAAGGCGGCCGCCGACGCGCUUCGAGCUAUGAUAAAGCGCAUGCUCGCGCCGGACCCAGAGAAACGGUCGACCUUCCCGGAGCUGCUAGAAGAAUUAACAUAG